AGGAGCACCCGGAUUUACAUGGACAAAUCAUCUACGAAGCAGCAGGCAGAAUGCCACAUGGUAGGCUGGGAAUUGCUAAUGAGUUGUUUAGCAAAGCAGAGAAGGCGAAGUUUAAGUCUAAAAGGGCGAUGGCCUCACAGCCGGUGCAAUUUGCCAAGGAGGAGCGUCUAGAAAGAGAAAACAAGUAUUUGAAGCAGAAGAUCAAGCGUCUUCGAGGCAUUGAGCUUGUUGUUCAGUCUUUGGCUGAGAAAGGGGGAGUCGACUUUGAUGGCAUAAUGCAAUCAGCAACAGAUGACUUGUCUCCAUCAUAUUCUGAAGGCGGAUUUCAAAGGGGACAAGGUGAUGUGCCUCAACACCAAACCGAAAAGGGAAUGGGAAGCAGGACUGGAGGCAGUACGAGUCAUGGAAAUGAUGAUGAGGACGACGACUAUGGCAAUGGGGGAUAUGGUAACUAUGGCGAGGGUGAUCUGUAUGGUGAUGAGCACUAUGAUCACUAUGGCGAUGGGGAAUAUGAUGACUAUGGAGAUGAGGAUGACUAUGGCUAUGGCUAUGGCGGUGGCGAUGGCGAUGAUGAUGAUUGGCUAUAAAAUCUAAUGAUCUUCAA